AUGUUCUUUAAAAAGCUUCUGGUGCCCUGGGUCUUCCCAUCAGUUAAGAGCUUCCGGAUGCAGGGGUUUAAGGAGGAGCCUUUCCAGCAAAUUCCCUGGGUGCCCACCCCACCCCACCCCGAGCCCUGCAAAGGGGCCCAUUCCCCAGGCUGCUGUGGGACCCCUCCGUGGGAGCUCCAGUCCCAGGCGUACUGCUACCCAGGAGGAGACCACGCCCCAUUAAGGGCAACGUGGAGAACGAGGGAUAAUCUGAGAAACAAGCCAAGGAUAUUGCAGGGCUGUCCCCCUCCCCAGCGGCCCUAA